CCUUCCUCUUGCUGCCAUCCUCUUUUUCCUUCCAUAGGCCACUGUUUGUUUCACAUGCCCGUUGGCCCGGUCCAAGGAAUGGUUGUGGCCGGUUUGUCAUACACGUGGACAGCAAGCAGUGUGGACCCAUGUUCUUGAUUCCAUUAAGGCCAAUACCAGAGGGCUUUAAGAUGACCGGCCUCAAACCUGAACAAGCAGCUGUUGUCAAUUCUCUGUGGAAAUACAAUGACGAUAAACACUCGGAAAUAUACAUUCAAGACAUUAUUGGCAAACUGCCGUCGUGUUGUCUGUAUGACGCUGAUGGUGCCAUGGUAGGCUUCGCUCUCAACUACCACUACGGCGCUGUAGGCAUGCUGCAUGUUCUAGCGGAACACCGAGGGAAGGGGUACGCCAAGGUGAUAAUGUCUCACCUCGCCAGUUUGUGUCUACAACAGUGUGAUGAGGUGUUUGUUCUGCCUGAUGAGGAAAAUGUUGCGUCAAUCAAGCUUCAUGAAGACAUAGGAUUUAAACAGGUCCCCGACUCAAAACGUGUUGCUUUGGUGGUUGAAUGAGAGACGUGAUUCAUUUACGAAUAAACACUUGUUUACUUAAUGUAAAUGGUUAACGCAUUUUAACGUAUUGCAACACAAUUCGAAAACAGACAAGCCAUUUUCAAUUUAUGAUGAGGUGAGGUGAGAUAGGGUUUAAAGUCGCGUUCAGGAUUAUUGCACUUACAUAGCGACGUGUGUGCGUGCGUGCACAAGUCCGGAGUACCGAUUUUAUCGUGCUAGCCCACUGAGAUACUCUGCCGCAUUUUAACAUAAUUUAUAAACCCCAUUCAGACUGACUCCGAGCCGACCAGUCCUUGUUUAAGCCACUUAAUGCCGAGCGCCAGGCAGGGUAACAUCAAAUACCAUUUUGUAACGUCUUUUGGUAGGACGCGGCCGGGGAUCGAACCCCGAGCUUCCGCUCUCUGGCCAGACACUCUACCGCUGAAUCACGGAGGCGGUCUGUUCAUUUAUGUCCAUGGUGAGGGAGUGAAGUUUAAGAGCCUUUGUGAUGAUUAAAUAGAAUACACUGAAUACAGCACGCAUGACACAAUGUACCUAUGUGGAGAAACAAGUAGCUAACCAAACAACAGUCAGUCCCGGCCUAGCCUUGUACACGCGGAUGUACUUCAACGUGAGGGCAACAGUAGGUUGCACUAACCGGUAAUAAGUUGUAAUGUGGAACACCAUCUUUUGUAGACGUCUAUAUGUAAUGUAGAGCAAACCAAGAUAACAGAAGCUUAAAGACAUCCAUCAAAAGUUAAAGUCAGAGAAGAAAAAAAACAAAAUUGACCAAACAAAAAAGAACAAUCGGUAUCAAGCUUUUUCCGAACAUAUGGCUGGUACAUGUUGAGGUCUCCAUAGCGUAUCAAGUGUAA